CUGCUAGAAACUCCUGGCACUGCGGGCUUUUUUUAUUUGUAAUUAGCAAGAAACAGUUAGAUUCCUUGUUAGCUCAAAGAAAACGCCUGGAGAUUCACUGACUCUGGUCGGCCUAAAUUGGGCUCUGGGUCUUGUUUGGACCAAUUACGGUGGCCUGGAGAAUGAAACAUUCUGAUUUUCUCAAGCCAGCUAGUCCCCACUACUGGAACGUGGUUAUCUCUGACCAAGCCACAUGGCUAGGAAAUCCCUGGUACUGUUAGAAGGGGGAAUGGGGCAAAGGGUGCUGGAGAGACAAACAACCAAUCUCUUCGGCAAGCUUAUUGGCCAGCAAUAUCUCUACCUGCAAUCAGAACCUCUGACCAGCCUGUGACUGCACACUGGUGACCUCCUGGACCUUGUGAGGUGCUCUCUGUGACCACCCAUCUGUGUGUGACCACAAUGACCACGUGAGCCCAGGGCAGCCAGCUCUGGAGACUUAGUCAGAUCUGGCUCGGGUUUCCUCUGCUCCACGUGAGUCUUUGCAGAUGGCUCAGCUGGAGACCCCAGGAGUCCUUGAGCUCCCUCCCAAGUCUGAGUCCAGGGGCUUAUUACUGAGCUGAACGUGAAGGGCAGGAGCUGUGGCGGGUGCCUUCCGGGAGCCUGAGAUAUGAACGACCCUUGUGAAGAGAGGCCCAUUCUGGAAACGAGGCCGGCCAUGAGUCUGUGGGGUCUUGAGGACAGCCACAGCUGUCGGGGAACCCACCAGCCAGCUGCUGAGGAUGCCUCGGCUUCUUCGGAGCUGCAGAUGAAGGUGGACUUCUUCCGGAAGCUGGGCUAUUCGGCCUCCGAGAUCCACAGCGUCCUGCAGAAGCUGGGCAUCCAGGCCGACACCAACACGGUGCUGGGGGAGCUGGUGACGCAUUGUUCAGCCACGGAGCGUGAGCGCCAGUCCUUGCCAGAGCCCUGCCCACAGCCCCCUCUGGUACCCCGCGGCGGGGGCACCCCCAAGGCUCCCACUCUGGAGCCCUCUCUCCCAGAGGAGGACAAAGAGGGCAGUGACCUGAGGCCAGUGGUAAUUGAUGGGAGCAAUGUGGCCAUGAGCCACGGGAACAAGGAGGUCUUCUCCUGCCGAGGCAUCCUGCUGGCUGUGAACUGGUUUCUGGAGCGGGGUCACACAGACAUCACAGUGUUUGUACCGUCCUGGAGGAAGGAACAGCCUCGGCCCGAUGUACCCAUCUCAGACCAGCACAUCCUUCGAGAAUUGGAAAAGAAGAAGAUCCUGGUGUUCACACCAUCCAGGCGUGUUGGUGGCAAGCGGGUGGUGUGCUAUGACGACCGCUUUAUUGUGAAGCUGGCCUACGAGUCCGACGGGAUCGUGGUGUCCAACGACACAUACCGAGAUCUGCAGGGUGAGCGGCAGGAGUGGAAGCGCUUCAUUGAGGAACGGUUGCUCAUGUACUCCUUCGUCAAUGACAAGUUCAUGCCCCCUGACGAUCCCUUGGGCCGGCACGGCCCCAGCCUGGACAACUUCCUGCGGAAGAAGCCACUCUCUUCCGAGCACCGGAAGCAGCCGUGCCCCUAUGGGAGGAAAUGCACCUAUGGGAUCAAGUGCCGAUUCUUCCAUCCCGAGCGGCCAAGCCGCCCCCAGCGCUCCGUGGCUGAUGAGCUCCGUGCCAACGCGCUCCUGUCACCCCCCAGGACCCCAGGCAAGGACAGAAGCAGCCAGCAGCCUUCACCUUCUCAGUCCGGCUCUCUGCCCACGGAAGGUGACCAGAGCAGCCUAGAUGGCAAGAAGCUGAGGGCCCAGGCAGCCCCAGGGCCCCACCAGGAGGGGCAGACAAAGAGCUUUGCCCCUGUGGGUAGGAGCCUCCCACAUAGCGGGGGCAGUGGUGGCAGCUUCGGGCCCACAGACUGGCUCCCACCAACCCUGGACUCCCUCCCCCACACCUCCCAGGACUGCCUGGAUUCGGGCAUCGGCUCCCUGGAGAGCCAGAUGUCAGAACUGUGGGGUGUGCGAGCGGGAGGCCUUAGUGAGCCCAGCCCAACUCGGGGCCCCUAUACUGGCUACCGCACCUUUGGCUCGGAGCUCCCAGCCGCUCCUGCCUUCCCAGCCUUUGGAAGGGCUAUAGGUGCCGGCCACUUCAGUGUCCCUGCUGACUACAGUCCCCUGCCACCUGCCUUUCCACCUCGAGAGUACUGGUCUGAGCCGUACCCACUGCCCCCACCCACCCCGGUCCUUCAGGAGCCCCUAGUGCCAGGCCCAGGGACUGCCAGAGGCCCCUGGGGCGGGGCGGGCAGCCUGGCCAAGGAGCGGGCCAAUGUGUAUACCAAGCUGUGUGGCGUCUUCCCACCACACCUGGUGGAGGCCGUGAUGGGGCGCUUCCCACAGCUCCUGGACCCCCAGCAGCUGGCUGCUGAGAUCCUCUCCUACAAGUCUCAGCAGCUCAGUGAGUAGGCUGGCAGUGUGGCCCGCAAGAGGCAGCUGGGCUGCACUCAGGAGGUCCAUUCCAGCCAAGGCCUCCCUGUAUGCUGGAGAGGAGGACCCAAGUAGGGAAGGGAACCCCUAAACCAAAGAUACUGUAGGAUUGGUUCUGGCCCACACAGCACCUCCGGCCAUCGCCUGAGUGGGUCAGAAGUGAUCACCCUGUUGAUACACAUUGUAUCUCUGUCAUUAAGGAGACGCUGCCUGUAAGGCCGUUGGUCCGUGGCUGAGGCCCAAACCCUAUUCUCUCAGGACGGGGAGGGAGGCCUGGGGGAGCAGAAGCUCGGGCGGGGGCCCUGUGCGCAGCCCCCACCUCCACCCCGUCCCUGGGACUCCGGCUCCGCCGGGUAGUUGGGCACCAUGUGCCUGUCCUCCGAGGCCCUCCUCUACGCCAAUGAGGCCUCAUUGUGCUCUCAGGGCACAAGGCUUCAUGUCAGUAAGCAAGAUGCUUCUUAGUAACUCACCUCUGUCCACCGGUCCUGUCACCCCUGCCAGGGAUCCAGGGGCCUGUUCCCCACUUUGUCCUUCCCCAAAAGUGGUGGGAUGUGUAUAUGCUGUGUACAGGUGUAAGUUUUAAGUAUUGUAAGUGGGAAGGCCUUCCUCCCAUCAGACAUCAAUAAAGAACCCUAUGAGCCUUUUUUUGCUUUUUUUUUG